AUGUCUGGUAUAUGGAUUAUUAAGUGUGGAAAAGAGGAGGAAUACAAUUUUGUGUGGACAAGAAAGCUAUGGUUACAUUGUGAUAAUCCCGUAUAUGUCGGCUGGUACGAUAUCGAUAUAUGGCGUCCGCAUUCCGUAUAA